AUGGAGGCGGCGCGGCAUGCCAAGGAGCUGCUGCUGGCGGAGGUUGAGCGGCUAAGUGCAGCAAGGGCCAAGAGCAAGAAGGGCAAGAAGAAGAAGAAGAAUGUGGGCGUGGGCGAUACGGGCGCCGCUAGGCUCAACGAGGAGAUGCUUACUGCCGCCACCGACACUACCGCUAUCGCCGCCACCACCGCCCUCGCCAUCGUCACAAUGCCACAAGCCUCGCCAUUUCCAUCGCCGCCCGAGCCCACCAUUUCUGCAGCCAUCCAUCCGCGAAUCACUCGACGGCAGCUGUCAGAAUGCGAUGCAGUGACUAUCACGUUUGGUGCACCGGCGGGUAUCUCGCACAACAAUGUAGGCGGCCGCAACUCCGCGAGCGACAAGUACGCGUUGAUAGACAAGGUCGGCACCUUUGACGGUCAGCAUUACAACCUGAAGCUGACGUCUGCAUUGGCCAACGGAGACGAUCCGAACUGCAAGUCUGAUGCUGAGGGGGGAGCUGAGGCGCCAUGCAGCAUUGCCAUCAACUCGGCCUCCGGCACGAUACACCCGGUCACCUUUAGCUUUGAGUUCGACAGCGGCGAUCCUGUUACCCUGCCUCUGUAUUCCUUCUCGUCGCCACAGUCGCCACCGUCGCCGCCAACCCCGCCACCAACGCCCCCGCCACCAUCGUCGUCGUCGCCGCCGCCGCCGCCCGCCGACUGCUCGACGUUCACCACGAAGAAGAAGUGCAAGCAGCGGGAGUCAUGCCGCUGGAAGAAGAAGAAGUGCGUUGCGCGACCCUCACCGCCGCCCCCCUCCGUCUCAUCGCCGCCGCCGCCCCCUCCCUCGCCCGAGGACUGCUCGACGUUCACCACGAAGAAGAAGUGCAAGCAGCGGGAGUCAUGCCGCUGGAAGAAGAAGAAGUGCGUUGCGCGACCCUCACCGCCGCCCCCCUCCGCCUCGCCGUCGCCGUCGCCGCCGUCCGCGAUAUCAUUGCCGCCGCCGCCCGUCCCGGCAUGCCACCCGCUUGGUGUCUGCUCCGGCAACGACAGCCGAUGCGGGCACUUCAGCGGAGGUGCUGGCUGCUCCAGCAGCCACUCGUGCACAGAGGACCAGUGCCUCGGCUGUAGGGAUAACUGCGACUGUAUUUGGUCUGGCCCCACCACACCCGAGGAGUGUGGAACGCCCCCUCCCUCGCCCGAGGACUGCUCGAUAUUCACCACGAAGAAGAAGUGCAAGCAGCGGGAGGCAUGCCGCUGGAAGAAGAAGAAGUGCCGAGGGGCGGAUUAA